CCCUAAAAUGGUAAGACGGAAACGGCCAUACGGCGACGAAUCAGAAGCAGAAGUUGAAAGAGAAAAUAAUGGCGGGAAAGUUGAAAAGAAAAGGAGUAGUGGUGAGGUUGGAAUAAUGAGUGAUGAAUCUUUCUUUGCUCUACCACUUUCCGACCCUACUAAAACUGCUAUUAAGGAUAUCGGCUUCUCUAACAUGACACAGAUUCAAGCCAGAGCUAUACCUCCUCUCUUGGAAGGCAAAGAUGUGCUAGGAGCUGCAAGGACUGGUUCUGGUAAAACCCUUGCCUUUCUUAUUCCAGCUGUGGAAUUGCUGCAUCAGACACGUUUUACUCCUCGUAAUGGUCUUGGUGUUGUUGUUAUUUGUCCAACCAGGGAGCUUGCUAUUCAGUCACACGCUGUUGCUAAAGAACUUCUGAAGCAGCAUUCACAAACCCUUGGCUUGGUCAUUGGUGGUGCAGCCCGAAGGAGAGAAGCAGAAAAACUUGCCAAAGGUGUUAAUCUUUUAGUGGCAACUCUCGGACGCCUUCUUGACCAUCUUCAAAAUACUAAGGGCUUCAUAUACAAAAAUUUAAAGUGCUUGGUGAUUGAUGAAGCUGACAGGAUUCUGGAGGCUAAUUUUGAAGAAGAGAUGAGGCAGAUACUAAAAAUUUUGCCAAAGGAACGGCAAACAUCUCUUUUUUCAGCCACCCAAACUCAGAAGGUGGAGGACCUUGCACGCUUGUCAUUCAAGUCUAGUCCUAUCUACAUUGAUGUUGACGAAGGGAGGACUAAGGUUACCAAUGAAGGACUACAGCAGGGCUAUUGUGUUAUUCCUAGUGAUAAGAGACUUAUCCUUCUCUAUUCGUUUCUGAAGAAGAAUCUGACUAAGAAAGUCAUGGUUUUCUUUUCUUCCUGCAUGUCAGUAAAAUUCCAUUCAGAACUCUUCAAAUAUAUUCAGAUUGACUGCUUUGAUUAUUAUGGGAAACAAAAGCAGAACAAGAGAAUUACAACAUUUGACGACUUCAGCAAAGCAGAAAAAGGCAUACUUUUUUGCACUGAUGUUGCUGCUCGUGGACUUGAUAUUCCUGGUGUGGAUUGGAUUGUGCAGUAUGAUCCUCCAAAUGCCUCAACGGAUUAUGUUCAUAGGGUUGGACGAACAGCUCGUGGGGAAGGUGCAAAGGGUAAUGCUUUGCUUUUUCUUAUUCCAGAUGAGCUGCAGCUUCUUAGUUAUUUGAAGAGUGAGAAGAUUCCUGUAAAAGAGUAUGAUUUUGAUACAAAGAAGCUGGCAAAAGUGCAGUCGGUUCUGGAGAAAUUGGUAUCAAAUAAUUAUUACUUGAACAAGUCAGCUAAAGACGCAUUCAGGACCUAUAUAUCAUCAUAUAGCUCACAUUCCAUAAAAGAUGUGUUUGAUGUACACAAACUUGAUCUACAGGUAAUACUUUUUUCUUUUGUAUUAUUAGAAUAGGGCUGAU